AUUUAUUCCCCCACCCGGAGGCCCGGCGAGCGAGGCUAAGGCUGCGCUGGAGGGACCGGCUCCUCUCUGGUGUGACGGCCGGAGGGCCGGUUUCCUGGUGGAGUAUUUGGGGCAGGUCGCUCGACAGGGGCUGCCCCUUCUUGUUCCUGAGGGUUUGAAAGUCGGAGCUGUUUGAAGCUGAGCGGAGAGAGCAUCUAUGGCUAUAAAACUGCAUCCCUGAGACGGCAGGUGACUCGCCGCCGGCUUCCGGGCGGGUCUCCCACCCUUGGCCCGUGUCUCGGCCGCCCUGUGACUCGGUUCAGCUGUCGGACGUCAUAAAAACUGGCGUGAGAUAGAAGGGCCUUCGCCACCCUGAUCCACCCUGAACGGUCCUGAGUAAAUGGGAGUUGCCGGCAGUUUUAGUUUCCAAUGGGCGUUACGAGUUUUACUGCAUUUUUUCUCUUUUAAAAUAAAUGCCUUUGUUUCAUUUUAAUUUGUUUCCUUUUUAGUUCCAAUCUGAACAUCAAUGACGUCCUGGGGAAUUAUUCCCUGACACUCGUGGAUUCGUUGGAUACACUUGCAAUCAUGGGAAAUUCCUCCGAGUUCCAGAAGGCAGUCAAGUUAGUGAUCGACACCGUUUCAUUUGACAAGGACUCCACCGUGCAAGUCUUCGAGGCCACCAUCAGGGUCCUGGGAAGCCUCCUUUCUGCCCACAGAAUAAUAACAGACUCCAAGCAGCCCUUUGGGGACAUGACGAUUAAGGACUAUGACAACGAGCUGCUGCACAUGGCCCACGACCUGGCCGUGAGGCUCCUCCCUGCCUUUGAGAACACCAAGACGGGGAUUCCCUACCCGCGGGUGAACCUGAAGACGGGCGUUCCCCCCGACAGCAACAACGAGACGUGCACGGCUGGGGCUGGCUCCCUCCUGGUGGAGUUUGGGAUCCUGAGCCGCCUGCUGGGGGACUCCACGUUUGAGUGGGUGGCCAGGCGGGCGGUGAAAGCCCUCUGGAACCUCCGGAGCGACGGCACGGGGCUGCUGGGCAACGUGGUCAACAUUCAGACGGGCCAUUGGGUUGGGAAGCAGAGCGGCCUGGGGGCCGGGCUGGACUCCUUCUAUGAGUACCUCCUGAAGUCCUACAUUCUCUUUGGAGAGAAGGAAGACCUGGACAUGUUCAACGCCGCCUACCGCAGCAUCCAGAGCCACCUGCGCAGAGGCCGGGAAGCCUGCAACGAGGGCGAAGGGGACCCCCCGCUCUACGUCAACGUGGACAUGUUCAGCGGGCGGCUGAUGAACACGUGGAUCGACUCCCUGCAGGCUUUCUUCCCCGGGCUGCAGGUGCUGAUAGGAGACGUGGAGGACGCCAUCUGCCUGCACGCCUUCUACUACGCCAUCUGGAAGCGGUACGGGGCCCUCCCGGAGCGGUACAACUGGCAGCUGCAGGCCCCCGACGUGCUCUUCUACCCGCUGCGGCCGGAGCUGGUGGAGUCCACGUACCUGCUCUACCAGGCCACCAAGAACCCCUUCUACCUCCACGUGGGAAUGGACAUCCUGCAGAGCCUGGAGAAGUACACGAAAGCCAAGUGCGGGUACGCCACACUGCACCACGUCAUCGACAAGUCCAAGGAGGACCGGAUGGAGAGCUUCUUCCUCAGCGAGACCUGCAAGUACUUGUACCUGCUGUUUGAUGAGGAGAAUCCAGUACACAAAUCCGGAACCAGAUACAUGUUUACAACUGAGGGACACAUUGUGUCUGUGGACAAGCACCUUCGGGAGUCGCCCUGGAAGGAGUUCUUUCCGGAAGAGGGACCAAGGGACGUGGAGGGGAAGUCUGUGCAGAGGCCCAAGUCUCACGACCUGAAAGUCAUCAACUCCAGCUCCAACUGCAACCGAGUCCCUGACGAGCGGAGAUACUCGCUGCCCCUGAAGAGCGUCUACAUGAGACAGAUCGACCAGAUGGUCGGCCUCGUCUGACCUGCGCUGCUCUGCGGGCCCAGCCGAACUCGACCGACGGCCGCCCAGCCACGCCCGGUCCCGUCCGAGGGGAGGGGAGGCGCCUGGCCAUCCGUCCGCAGUGCCGCAGGCAUUCUGUCCGCGCCUCGCCCGCACCCACGAGAGUCCCACUUACUUUAGUGUUUCCCUUCUGUUCAAUAAAAUGCCCUGUUUUUUUCAGGAUGUAAUUUGAAGUGAGAAGGUCCAGAGAAGUCGGACCUGCUGCUGUUACUCAGCACGGUGGGUGGAUCUUCGUAGCUUCAGGCCAUGGGGUCCAGCAGUCGCCUCCCCUCGCCGGCCCUCGCCGUGACCGCAGCGUCGCCGCCUCUGUUCGCGGGCUGUGCGUGGACUCCUGGGCACAGGGCCUGAGGUUCACCUGGCACCUUGCACUUACUGCAUUUUGUCCUCCUUUCUGUCUCGGUGGAUAUUGGGCUCCCUCCCAGACACCCGCCCAUGGUUUUGGAUCACAUGGGGAAAAGGUCACCCAGCCGUUCAUCUGCACCCCAGGGACCUUCGCAGUGUUCUCAGUUACUUGCUUACGAAUCGUGGCGUUGCCUGAAUUCCCACAGGCAGCCUCUUAGGCUGUGCCUCGCACUCUAGGAGCUCAGCGGUAGACCUUGUGGAUGUGUUUUACAUUUCUUUUGAACUUACCUGAGGAACUCUCGUAGUUCCAGGACCAGGGUGCCUUCUGGGGAGGGAAAAGCACCUAAGGCUGCCUGCGCGUCCAUCGGUCUCAGUUACUAACCGAGGGCUCUCGAUUCUGACCGUGGGGGUCAGAUUCAUGCUCUGCUUUUGUUUCCUGCGUCUCGUGCCAGUUAGCUGAGCCCGGGAGGGGCUGGCCGCAGGGCUGCCCGCCUCCGGCCGCUCUGCAGCGCGGGCCUUAGCCCAGUGCCUUAUGUGAUUUCCGUUGGCGCCGCUGUGGUUUUAGCAGGCCUGCCCUGUGCUGCCACGGGGCGGGACCACGGCGGGGGGGAGGGGGUCAGGAAGACGCCACCCGGCAAGUGAACAAGCUUGACAGGGAGGAACUUGCGCCGAGACGCCCUCUCUCUCCUGCCCCUUGCUUUCUUGUUUCCUCGGCCAGAACCCCUCUCUGAACCUGAGCUGAGGGCUCACGCCCAGGGGCUCGAACCCCUCACCUGCCUUCCGUGUGGCCUCAGAGGCUGACUGACGCGAAUCCCAGUAGGAAGGGGAGGGAGCCUCUCAACUCCCGCCGCUCGCACUUCACGUUACUUCAUUGUAGCCUUUUUAAAGCUAGAAGCUAAGCCAUUGUAUCCAUCGAAAGGGACACGUUUUAUUCCUUCUUGAAAAUUCGUGUUACAGUGUUUUAAGAGAGAAGUAUAAUUCAGUUCUUUGAGAUUUUUGAAAGGGGACUUUUUAGUAAUAAAUGUGUCACCUCCACCUUUGAAACGUUGACUAUGCAAGUUGUUUUAGGGUAAAAGAAUCCAAGGCUCUGUUCCACCUUCUCUUCAGGAGCGGUCUGUUUAGCAACAUUGUCUCAUCUGCUGAAUAGAAAAUUUUCCUGGAGGAUAGUAUGUAUUUUAAACAUUCUCAUUGGCUCUGUAUGACCAAAACUUCCCAUUUUAGAGGCAGAGCAUCCCUGUACCUUCUCCCCAGGAUAAACCAGGGGACUCUUUAUGACCCAUUGGGGAGAAUGGGUCUCAUUAGGCAAGAAAGUGGGUCCCUCAAGCAUCCGUUUCCUCUCUUGGUGCCGCCCUGGCUUCCCUCCUGCUCCGGGGACGACACUGCAGCCCACUCGGGCCGCUCUUCCUCUGUGUGGUCUGGGGGGGCCACCUGAGAGCCACAAAGGCCCCCCGAGGAUCCCGGGGGCACGGGACGUGUUCUGUAUUAAGUCUCGCACCCUCUUCGUCUCCGGGCACUGAACUUGUCCCAGGGUGGGCGGCUCCCGCCCAGUCUGGAGUGAUCUGUGGGACUGGAUGGCAGAGGGUGCCCGGGCCGGGCAUCGAGGCUGCUCUCUGAGCCGAGUGCAAAGCUUGCUUGUUUUCUUUUUGGAAAUUGGGUUGUCAGCAGCUGUGACGGCCACACCCUGAGCAUCCGUGGGGCGAUUUCAGGCGGGGAGGCCUGAGCAGGGCAGUGGCAGAGGUUCCCGCGCUGGGCUUUGCCCGGGAGCUCCCUGGCUGAGCACCGUCCCCCUUGGGAACAGCUGUGCACCUGCCACACUCCUGGUCCCACGUGGAGCUAGUGUCUCCAUCUGCUUUUUUGGGAGAACUGUCGGGAAGGCUGCCUUCCCGUUGCGCUGCUGGAGUCUGGGUCUCGCCCACCAGGAGCUGAACCUGUGCAGGGUGGCUUCACCACUGCAGAUGACGUGGCAGGAACUCUGCUUCCGGAGCAGGAGGUGACAGAGGAAGUGUCGGCCAGCUCCCUGCCGUGCUGGCCUCCUGAGGAACCGGCUCUGUCCCCACGUCUUUCCUGCAGACACCCAGCUCUUCAAACCUGCCGUUUGCAGACCGCGGGGCCGGCGCACGGGCUCUGGCACUUCCUGUGUAUUUGUGCACAGGUGGUGUCUGCAGGUGACUUCAGAGGACAGUCCCCGGGCCUGGCUGGGAGGUGCAGUUGUGCAGUCGGAGGGCCUGAGCCUGACCCCGCCCUCCCCACCCCUGCCCUGAGCAUUUUCCGUAGCUGCGUGUACUGAGCAUCGCACCCGACAUUCCUUCUCUCGGGGGGUUCCGAGAGCUUUCUCUGGCACUUUCUGAUCCCGCGCCGGCCACCCCGCAGGGCGGCUGACAGGGCCUCUCACAGACCUUCCUCUUUCCUCCUGCAUCCAGCUCCUGCCCCAGUGCCUCCCCUGCAGGGCAGGGCUUCUGUGAAAGUCGGGGGAGCUGGGCAGUGUCCCCAGGACUUGCGGGGCUCAGGGCUACGUUCCCACGUGAACGUGGAGGGGAGUCUGGUGACCAUGUUCAAUUCCUGUGGACCUUCCUGAUUCAUCCCCCCUUCCUCAGAGGCAGAGAAAUAUUUUUAAAGGUAUUUUGUUGUAGUUUUAAAUAGCAAGACACAAGCUGCAUUAUUAUUUAUUAUGCACAAGAAAAGUAAAUCUUUUUAAAAAAAAGUCAAGUUAGAAACUCUGGAAAACCUACAGAAACACACGCUUCUCUCUGUAAUGUGCAAUAUGCUUUGCAACUAGAGAUGGUAUUUUCUGUCUAAUCUGUAAAUAAGAAAUGUAUUUAAAUUAAAAGGGAGCUUUUUGUAAAAGGACCAAAUGUUCUUUUAUAAAUGUACUAAGAAAUAUCUUGCUUUUUGAAAUAUAUUAGGAUUUUUAUGAGCAGUUUUUAUUAAAAGAUUCCUUUUUUUGAGCUGCCA